AUGACAAAUAAAAAGGUAUUUGUUAAUUUUGACCAUGUUAUCGGUGACAACAUGAAAAUUCAAAUAGGCAGAUAUUCCUCUGCACCACCACAACAACCUUCAUCAUCAUCAUCAUCUGCAGACAAAACCCUAACAAAAUCCUCUUCGAAUCAGAACCGAAGUGGCGGUUUAGCCCCAUCGAAAUCCACGGUUUACGUUAGCAACCUCGAUUAUAGCCUUACGAAUUCCGAUGUAUUUACAAUCUUCUCCACAUUUGGGAAGUUUGCCAAGGUCACCAUCCUUAGAGAUAGGGUCACUCGAGAGAGCCUAGGCGUUGCUUUCGUGUUGUUUGUGGUUUGUGAUGACGCCGUAAAAGAGGUGAUGGGUAUUAAUAGGAAGGUUCUUAAUGGUAGGACGUUGACUGCAUCGAUAGCGGCUGAUAAUGGUAGAAUUUGUGUUUUGAAAUGA